UCCGAGUCAGUCAGUAAAUCAUUUCAGCUCAUAGCUGUCUCCAAUUUAGUUUCAACAACAUCAACUUUCGGUUUCACUACUUGAGAAAUGAACUACACAGGGUUCGCAGGAUUUCCCCAAUGGCUUUAUCCACCCGCGUGGAGGUCCAACAAAGAAAAGAGGGACAGAGAUCUCCGAGAACAGAUCAAGAAACUAUCUAGAUCGUCUGCUUUAGAUGAUGCAGGCAUCGAUGAUGCUCAAGUCCUCACUUUGACCAGGGAAGAUCUCAACGAGCUUUUCCCAGGAAUCAAGAACUUUCAACUCAGAAGGAAGAUUAUGGAGCUUAUAACAAAUGCACUAAAGAAAUCGAGACUCAUCAGACCAGGCAACAUGUUUCCAGUCUUCAACUGUCCAAUUUUGGAUUCACCUCAUCCCGGUCCAGAAACAUUUGCCAAUGCCCUGAAGAAUUUAAUGCAACACCGUAAUAGCAGUGAUGCUGCGGUUCAGGAUGUGUUAAGAGAGAGUCUUCGAACCUUCAGAGAAGUAGAGGAGCAGCUCAAAGCAGCACAGGCAUCAUUGAAACCGUACAUCGAGGUCUUAAACGGUCUCAAUGAAGCAUUUGUUAAUAAAGCCCACUGGGGUUCAGAAGCAGCGUCGGAUAGCAGACAACCACAACAACAUUUUGGCCAAACUAAUUCGAUACCAAUGAACACGCCAAGCUUUUAUGAGCCGUCAGUCAAAGUGCAUUCACUCGUUUGUGGCCAAACACUUGGAGCGGAUCAGCAAAUUCUUGCGAUGCUGCAGAGAGUUACAUUGACUGAUAUAGCAGAAUGUCAGCUGAUACUGCUCUUCUGUCCAGUGGUAUCAAGAGCUGGAACUGACAUUGAAGAAGCUCUGAGGAAACUCCCAGGUGAUAAAGCCACAGUUCUAGUGGUGAUGCAUCACACGCACAACCACAACUAUGUGUGGCCAAGUCCAAACAUAUCAUCACCAUCUCAAGAAAACCUAGUGGAUCUUGUUAACGUGCUCUUCCACGAUACAGCCAACGGCCUUCUAACGUGUCCAGAAAAUAAAAGUGCAGUGACCCGAAUUCAGUCUGUUAUACACCAGUGGCUGUAAAGUUGAACAAAGACGUUAAGAGUUGGUUUAAUAAAUACUGAAAACGAAUUUUUACAAUGGUUUGUUUACAUAAUUUCCACCAGUGAAGAAAGUUUAUUGUGGGAUAAUUUUGUUUAUAAUAAAAUAUACAUUACUGACUGAUUGAACAUUUUAAUUCUUAUUUGAACAAAAUGCUGCUGUGGGUAAUACACUGUAUGCAAUGUUAAAAAAAACUACUAAGGAACUGAAAUCCAAAACAUUUUUUUGAUUCCCACCUAGGUAGUGUGUAUUGUCAUUUCUUGAAGUGCUUGAUAUGUUGUAUCUUCCGUACGUGCCAAUAAAAUCUGUGAUAGUAUUUCAUGACGACAUUAAAGAUUAACAUGUCAAGACUUGCA